GAGCGGAAGUCACGGUAGCUUCCUUGUUGAGUUGGCCCCGGCGGUUUGUUCUGUGACGUGUGUCAUCAAGAAGUCCGUCAAACUGUAUGUUUCGAUAUGAAGUUGUUCAGUUUUGUUUUUGGUGAGAUGAAGUGACAGACGGGGAAGAAAAUAAUUGUGUUGGGUCGCAAAAAUGCUCGUCUUGGUGGGAAGUGAAGGCGGACGGUUUCACGGAGCCGCGCUCCUGCUCGCCGCCGUUGGGUUGAUGUGGGUCGGAGUGUCUGCUGCUGUUCAAGAGGAGCACAGGUCGGUGCAAGAGCAACCCCCACAAGAGAAAGUUUCGACUCUCCACCCAGUGGGCCCAGCAGUUUCUCAAGAUGGCUCCAGCAAAACAAACCUGGGCUUCAUUCACGCGUUUGUGGCCUCUUUCUCCGUCAUCAUCGUGUCUGAGUUGGGAGACAAGACGUUUUUCAUCGCAGCCAUCAUGGCCAUGCGUUACAACCGCCUCACCGUGCUUCUUGGGGCCAUGCUGGCCUUGGGGAUCAUGACCUGUCUCUCAGUCCUGUUUGGCUACGCCACCACCAUCAUCCCUCGAAUCUACACCUACUACGUAUCCACUGCGCUGUUUGCCAUUUUUGGUCUGCGCAUGUUGAGAGAGGGGCUGAAGAUGAGUCCAGAUGAAGGCCAAGAAGAGCUCGAGGAGGUGCAAGCAGAGAUCAAGAAGAAAGAUGAAGAAUUGCAGCGGUCCAAGCUGGUUAAUGGUGCUCCAGAUGUGGAAGCUGGAACAGGAACUAGUCUUCCCCAGCCCAAGUGGCGCAGCUUGAUUUCACCCAUCUUCAUCCAAGCCUUCUCCCUCACCUUUUUGGCAGAAUGGGGGGAUCGCUCACAGCUGACCACCAUUAUUCUCGCUGCCCGGGAGGAUCCCUUCGGAGUGGCAGUGGGUGGCACGUUGGGACACUGUUUGUGUACAGGACUGGCUGUUGUAGGAGGAAGGAUGAUUGCUCAGAAAAUAUCUGUGAGAACAGUUACAAUCAUCGGAGGGAUCGUCUUUCUGGCAUUCGCCUUGUCUGCCCUGUUCAUCAAACCAGAAACUGGGUUUUUAAAUGGGGGAACAUAGACUGACUCUUUCAAGUAAUAAAGGUGUUUGUCUGAGUUGGUGUAAAGAGACCGUAGCUUUGACUCCAUUUGUCCAACAGAAAGUGUGACGGGCUCAACAGAUGUGGAGUCGCCUCUUUUGGACAAACCUUCUUUCACUCUGUGUCUUUACAUCAGCUUAGAAUUCAAUACAUUUCCCAAGAAUCCAAGCGUGUUGCUCAUAUUGAAGCCUGUGAGGGGUUGUGGACUAAGUGGAAAGGAAGCUGGACAGUCAUCACGAGGUGUGUGGAAAUCAAACAUUGGACUUGUUGAUCUAACGAUCCAGUGGCUCUAAAGCUGAACUUCACGCUGUGCUUUCCUCACCACCUCUGAAAGACACUUGGGGUAUGUGAUGCCACCUUACUCACUCUACAAACAUACUCUCAAUAUUUUCACACACACAACUUCUGUCUCUUGCUGAAUUGUGUGUUGGACUUUCAUUUGGGUAAAGAAGCAGAGCAAUAAUGGAAAAGCACCAUUUUCCUCCCUGUUAAAGUCAAAUGAACGUUUUAUUUGUAACGUGACUCCUGGAUUAUUGAAUAGACUG